CUGUCAAAUAUAUUUAUUUUUUUCUAUUUAGACUACUUGCCACCCCUGUGUCAACCGGGGUAAUCCCCUAUUUACGAUGCGAACAGUUACAACUCUUUAUAUUACGCUUGUUGGGCACGAAGUGGUUUAAUAACAAGAUGGCGACCGCAAUGUAUUUAGAACAAUAUCUGGAUAGUCUUGAAAAUCUUCCGUUUGAACUUCAACGAAACUUCCAGUUAAUGCGGCAGUUGGAUCAAAGGUCAGAAGAUAUUAAGGUUGAGAUCGAUGGAAGAACGGAAGGUUACGUUCGUGAAGCGAAGUCUCUUUCGCCACCUCAGCGUGUCAAGAAAAUCAAAGAAAUCCAAGAGCGAUAUUUAAAAUGUCGUGAAUUCGCUGACGAUAAAGUUCAACUUGCGAUGCAAACUUAUGAAAUGGUGGACAAACACAUUCGAAGGUUGGAUUCGGAUCUAGCAAGGUUUGAAGCAGAUUUGAAGGAAAAGUCGAUACAAGACGCUACGGGGACAUCCAAGGGUGAUUGUGAUGUCACUAUCGGAGACAAGAAGCGAAAGAAAAAAGGUCGCGCGACAUCGGAAGAUGAGAGCAAGAACGGACGGAAAAAACAAAAGACGGGUGUGAUAGAAAUGAUGACAUCACCGCUCGCUGCAGCUUACCAAUCAUCGGACGUGCUUGAUAUGCCUGUGGACCCGAACGAACCAACGUAUUGUUUGUGCCACCAAGUGUCGUACGGGGAGAUGAUCGGUUGCGACAACCAAGAUUGCCCCAUCGAGUGGUUCCACUUCGGCUGCGUUGGAUUACAAACAAAACCGAAAGGAAAAUGGUUUUGUCCGAAAUGUAAAGAUCGAGACCGAAAGAAAAAAUAAUUUUAAAAGAUAUUUCUUUGUAUUGUUAGUUUCCGCAAACAUGUUUUGUUAAAAAAUAAAAACAAAUAUGGAUAAGUCACCUUAGUUUGUGCAAUUAAUAAAAUGAUCAUUUAAUAAAACGCAUGAUGUUGUAAA